UACGCAUCGCUGCUGCAGCUGCUGGAGGAGUUUCCGACUGAAAGUUGAGCUUUUAUCCGUGUAAAGACACAGCGAGGGGCUUUAUUUGUUAUUCAACCACCACACUGAAGAGUUAAGGUGUUUUGUGAAGCAGGUGCAAACCCGGGAAACCCUCCCUGGAGUCAGGACUGAGCCAGGGGAGAUGAUCCGGCUGCAGGCCAUAGUGACGGGAGCCUGCAUGGAUUUGGUUUAAUUAACAGUGUUUUUUUAAGCUAUUACCACAUCAUUUAGGAGGAGGGGGGGGUUAAUUAGUAGAUUUUGGAGCCAUGAACAGCCACUCAGGACCUCGCAAGCCUGCAAACAACGGCUCAAUCCUCCUCACCCCGCAGGAGAACGACUGUCUGUUCGGAUACCUGGGCAGGAAAUGCGCUACUCUGUGCUCGGCGGUGGUCCAGGUGUACACGGCCGAGCGGAGCUGCAGCUGGGUGAAGAGAUGCUGCGGCGUCGCCUGUCUGGUCAAAGAUAACCCGCUGAGGUCCUACUUCAUCAGAGUGUUUGACAUCAAGGAAGGGAAAACCAUGUUCGAACAGGAACUUUAUCAGAACUUCAACAUCAGCACCUCCAGAUCUUAUUUCAUCUCGUUCGCAGGAGACACUUGUCAGAUUGGUCUGAACUUCGCCAGCGAGGAAGAAGCCAAAAGAUUCAGAGCGGCGGUCCACGACCUGCUCAACCGACGGCAGCGCAAGACCGAGAAAAGAGGUGACCCUAAAAAUGGUCCAGCUCUGCAACACAUGGCCACGGUGGACAUCAAGAACCCGGAGAUCAACAACCGCUUCCACAACUCCCACAGCCACCAGCAGCAGCAGCAGCAGCAGCAGCCAUACCACAUCAACAACAUGCUGAGCCACGGCGGCCUGGCCCGAAAGGACAAGAAGAGCAAAGGCAAGAAGAAGAAGCUGACCAAGGCCGACAUCGGAACGCCUAGCAACUUCCAGCACAUCGGUCACGUGGGCUGGGAUCCUAACACAGGUUUUGAUCUGAACAAUCUGGACCCUGAGCUGAAGAACCUGUUCGACAUGUGCGGCAUCUCUGAGGCUCAGCUGAAGGACCGAGAGACGUCCAAGGUCAUCUACGACUUCAUCGAGAAGAAAGGAGGCGUGGAGGCCGUGAAGAACGAGCUGAGGAGGCAGGCUCCCCCUCCACCUCCCUCUCGUGGUGGCCCCCCUCCUCCUCCUCCUCCCCCACACAGCUCAGCUCCUCCCCACAGCUCAGCUCCUCCCCCUCCCCCUCCUCCCCCGUCCAGAGGGGGCCGAGGAGCCCCCCCUCCCCCUCCUCCGUCCCGAGCCCCCGCCUCAGCUCCUCCUCCCCCGCCUCCCUCCAGGCCAGGAACUCUGGGUGCUCCUCCUCCCCCGCCCCCUCCCACCAGAGGAGGCCACCAGCCGCCACCCCCCUCCCACCACCACCACCAUCACCACCAGCCCCCCCCUCCUCCUCCUUCACACGCCUCCAUCGCCCCCCAGGCCCCGCCCCCUCCACCUCCUCCUAUGACCCAGCAGCAGCAGUCUCCACCGGGCUCCACCCCCGCUGCGCCUCCCCCGCCUCCUCCGCCACCUCCCCCGCCCGGCCCCCCUCCCCCUCCGGAGAUGGACGGAGGCGGAGACUCGCCCCACUCGCCGCUGCCCGGCGGGAAGUCGGCGCUGCUGGAGCAGAUCAGAGGAGGAGCUCAGCUGAAGAAGUGUGAGCAGAACAACAAAGCGCCGGCUACCAACACCGGCAGAGACGCUCUGCUCGACCAGAUCAGACAAGGCACCAAACUCAAGACUGUGUCGGACCUUCCAGAGUCCGGUACUCCGACGCCGGGUCCCACCGCCGGCAUCGUGGGCGCUCUCAUGGAGGUGAUGCAGAAGAGGAGCAAAGCCAUCCAUUCCUCAGACGAAGACGAGGACGAUGAUGAAGACGAGGACUUUGAGGAUGAUGACGAAUGGGACGACUAAUGAAAAGCCCCUCCUCUCCUCCCUCUCCCCACCGCUGACACUAAAAUAUCUUAUAAAAAUCUUCCAGAAACUGACUAAAAUUGUAAAUGUAAAUGUAUGAAUUUGCUGUAUAUUUAUUUUUGCUUUUUUCAGUUUCGUUUUUGUUUUAUUUUUAUUAUAAUUAUUACAAUUAAUCUGUGCAAUACCUCAUCCGUUAGAAUCCAUAACGUUCGUCACAUAGCUCGUCGAACGUCACUUCAUUUAAAAAAAAAAUAAAUAAAAAAAAAAAGCACUUAAACAGCAUCAUCAGCACAACGUAAAGACGUAAAGACCGGCUACAUUUUACAAUAAUCAAUCAUAUAAAACACACAAGCUGCUCCACAGAGAAAAAAAAGAGAAAAAAGCUUCUUGGGAAAUAUUUUUGUGGGUUUUUCUUUGUUUUUUUUUUCAUUCCUUCUAGUUUUCAUUCCUCGUCUUUGAGAAACUGAAGAAAAAAAAGAAAAAAAGGGAGAGACGUUAACGACCAAACAGGCAGGAUCCUCUUUGUGUUUGAUUGCGGUCGGGUUUGAAAUGCGAGAUGAUAAUAAUAAUAAUAAUAACACUAUUUUCUUACUGUGCUUCUUUUUUCGUACCUUAUUCGAGUUUCCUAAUAAUUAAAAAAAAAAAUUUAAAAAAAAAAAAUCGUAGUAAUUUAGCCACGUUAUUUUUUCAUAAAAACAUCGUUUGACCAAAAUCGAGGAGGGACGAGGGCGCCUCACGUGAUUCUUCAACUUUUUAUUUUUUAUGUAAUCGAGGCGGUUUAUUUGCACACAGUUUCUACUAUAAUUUGUUUUUUGGGGUGUGUUUUUUGUUAAAUAACUUUUUGUUAUAUUUCGGGUAAGUUUCAGUGAUGAUGGAGUUUUUCUUUUUUUUUUUUAAAGCUAAAGAUUUUUGCCAUAUUGUGACCUUUUUAAAAAUAGAGACAAACAAGCAAAUAUCUUUAGUUUAAUAUAAACACAUACACACACACACACACAUACACACACACACACACACACACACACACACACACACACACUGUGGCAUUUGUGACACGAUGGGAGUUUUUUGUUCUUACGUCUGGUUGGUUGCUUUUUCUUGUGAUGUCAUUCCGUUCAUAUCUGCAGGAGGAAGCAGCGCUCCGUUCAGUAUUUCAAAUAUCACAUCACACGCAAAUUAAAAAAAAUAUAUAAAAAGAAGCUAAAAUUUAAAAUAAAUCAUCUCCUCCCGUCCUUGUGUUGACAAACUAUCAUCAUUUUAUGCAAUGCGACUAUAAAAAUGCUCCUCCUUUAUUACGGAGAGUCAUUUUUAAGAAAAAGCAAAUAAUAAUAAUAAUAAUAAACCAAAUGUGGCAUUUUUCUUGCAAACAGCUUUGUGGGGUUUUUUUGGCGACGCCUGUGAUCCUCCGUCUGUAAACGGUGUGAAGAAAAUAAUCAACGCUCGUCUUAACUGUUCGUCUUUGAGAGUUUUUACCGUCCUCCAGCGAGGCUUUAAUGCUGCAUCGAGACGCCGAGAUACUGACAUCGAACCUGUG